AACCAAGUCACCGCUUUUGAGGGAAGGUGAGCCAUUGAACCCUGUGACCGAGAGGGCUCCACCAACCAGCGCGUCAGCAUUUGAUACAGCCUCGUGCCAGGGACAGUAACACCGGUACACUGCUGCCGUUGCUGACCGCAUGCUGACACAAUGUCUGUCUCUCAGAAAUUUUGCGAGGAGCUCGAGAGAUCCCUUAAAACUCCGAAAUUAGAGCCUGCGGCAGAAGCAAUCGAGGACAGCAGUACGGCUAUGGGUACUGCAGACCAGUACACUGCACAGCGUGGCUUAACUGCAGUAGACACGCCGGAUUACUACGUUCCUCAAGCGUCUAUGGACCCGCAGUGGGAUUAUAACUACGGCGAGUACGUGAGCCAGAUCUACGACGGGUACGCUUAUCAGCAAGUGGCAGCCACUGGCUGGAGCCAACAAAGCUGCCGCUACCACCCGUACGGUGGUCGACAUUACGCCUAUCAAACUUCGCAAGCUCCUUCUGUGUGGUAUCAACACUAUCCCGCAGUUCAUGCUGCAAUCGGCGACAACUGCAGAGGCUAUGUCUACGACCACGGCGGUUCACCCAACGGGUCUACCGGCUCGCCGAGUCAAAGGUUUUCACCGGAGGCUUCUGAGGACUCUGGCGUGGUUACUCCGACAGAUUUCAGCUACACCGGCUACUCACCUGUACAAUAUAAGACUGUUCAGAGGCGGACCCCACGGCCCAAGUCAGAGGCCAGAGAAUGCACCGUGUGCCUGAGGCCAGCGACAGGGUUCCAUUACAACGCUGCCACAUGCGAUGCUUGCAAGGGCUUUUUCCGUCGUGUUGUUGCUUUAAACAAAGUUUACAAGUGCAUUGGGGACGGCAACUGCGUAGCUGUGACGGAACGGAGCGGGUGCAAGGCUUGCAGGAUGGCCCGGUGUAAAGCGGCCGGAAUGGAUCCUACUCUGGUACAAGCUCCGUUCAGACAAAAGACAACAGCCAUUACCGCGAGGGAGCUUGAUUAUCCUACGCUGCUUGCUCUGCUGCAGUCCCCCGCACUUUCCCCUCUUCCUGCGGACGCCACCUUGGCCUGACCUUCUUCGUGAUGUUCAUCCCGCCGUUGUAAAUUUUGUACAUUAUGCAGAUCGUGUCUAUAUGCUAAGGGUACUGUAAGCUGACUGUGCAAUAAACGUUUUAUCACAAUGGUA